UUUUAAGUUUCCGCUAUACAACAACGAGAGCUCACAUAGAAUGUGUUAGAAAGCGCCGGGAAGAUGAUCCAUGAGCUUCAACCACCAGUCUCGAACCGGAAACUGCACCCGCCAUGCCUGGCCGUUGCCUCUUGACAACCAUUAACAGGCGUGGCAUUUACACUCCAAAGUCUGCUUUCACUUCAUUUGCAUUCCUUUUGAAACGUCAAAAUUUUUAUUCCUACCUCAACCAAUUUCCUUCUUCAAUAACAUCACAAGGAUUCCUAUAUCAAUAUAGUUCAUCCAGCUCUACACCCAAUACUCAGCUCAGUUCUUCCCCUUUUUCGUGCUUGAGUAUUGAUUUACUCGAGUUUCUUGUUACCAGAUACCGGGAUUCUUGUUGUAUGAACGACGCAAAACAGUUCCAUGUGAAAGUAUUCAAAAGUGGGUUUGAUAAAGAUUUGUUCUUGUGCAACACACUUAUUAAUCUAUACGUGAGAAGUAGUGGUUUAGAAUCGGCACGUAGGUUGUUUGAUGAAAUGCCGGAGAGGAACUCUGUUACAUGGGCGUGUUAUUCAGGGUAUACCCAGAACGGGAGACACAACGAGGCAUGUGUUCUGUUUAAAGAAAUGGUUUCUGCGGGAGUUUGUCCUACUCGUUAUGCGCUCGGUAGUGUUCUCCAAGCUUGUCAGGAAUCUGGAUCCUGUGGCCUUGGAUUUGGGUUGCAAAUUCAUGGUUUACUGUCAAAAUCUGCAUAUGCGUCUGAUGUGGUGGUUUGCAAUGUGUUGAUAUCAAUGUAUGGGACUCACAUGGACUCUGUAGCAUGUCCUCAUCGUGUUUUUGGGGAUAUACAGUUGAAGAACUCUGCGUCGUGGAACUCUAUUAUUUCAGUUUAUUCUCAAAGAGGGGAUGCGAUUUCUGCUUUUCAGCUCUUUUCAUGCAUGCAAAAGCAGAACAGGAGCUUCGGUAUAGUACCUAACGAAUACACAUUUGGGAGCUUGAUAACGGCCUCUUGUUCUUAUGUGGAUUCAAGUAUAUGUUUGCUUAAGCAGAUGGUUUGCAGAGUUCAGAAGUCCGGAUACCUCUCAGAUCUUUAUGUUGGCAGUGCUUUGGUAAGCGCAUUUGCUAAAUUUGGUUUGACAGAUUAUGCCCGAAAAAUCUUUGAGCAGAUGAGUCAGAGAAAUGCAGUCUCCAUGAAUGGUUUGAUUGUGGGGCUGGUGAGGCAGAGACGCGGAGAAGAAGCAACUGAAGUUUUCAUGGAGAUGAAAGACUUGGUCAAUAUAAAUCCUGAUUCCUAUGUAAUUCUAUUGAGCGCUUUUCCUGAAUUUCCUGUAUUGGAGGAAGGUAUAAAAAAAGGCAGGGAGGUUCACGGAUAUGCAAUACGAACAGGCUUGAAUAAUGUCAAUGUUGGAAUUGGCAAUGGGCUCAUCAACAUGUACGCUAAAUGUGGUUCGAUUGCUGCUGCUAUGAUAGUUUUCAGAAACAUGGCUGACAGAGAUUCAAUCUCUUGGAACUCCAUGAUUUCUGGCCUCGACCAAAGUGGUUGUUUUGAAGAUGCAAUCACAUGCUUUCUUGCAAUGAGAAGAACUGGAUUUGUAAUUUCAAAUUUUACGAUAAUAAGUGCUAUGAGUUCAUGUACCAGCUUGGGUUGGGUUGUGCUAGGUCAACAAAUACAUGGUGAAGGGAUUAAGCUGGGGCUUGAUUUGGAUACUUCAGUUUCAAAUGCUCUCCUAGGAUUAUACGCAGAUACUGGUUAUCUUACCAAAAGCUAUAAAGUUUUCUCCUUGAUGCUGGAGCAUGAUCAAGUUUCAUGGAAUUCUAUGAUUGGAGCAUUGGCUGGUUCAGAUGAAUCAGUUUCUGAUGCUGCAAGAUACUUCUUAGACAUGAUGCGAGAUGGAUGGACUCCAAACAGAGUGACCUUCAUAAACAUUCUUGCAGCUGUCUCUUCCCUUUCACUUAAGGAACUUGGUUUGCAGAUACAUGCUCUAGCUCUAAAAUGUAGUUUCUCUAAAGAUGGUGCCAUUGAGAAUGCACUUCUAGCUUUCUAUGGAAAGUGUGGACAGAUGGAUGAAUGUGAGAAGAUCUUUUUUAGAAUGUUUGAGAGAAAGGAUGAAGUUAGCUGGAACUCUAUGAUUUCUGGCUAUAUACACAACGAGAUCUUGCCCAAGGCCAUGGAUUUGGUAUUGCUUAUGAUGCGAAGGGGUCAGAGAUUGGAUUGUUUCACCUUUGCAACUGUUCUUAGUGCUUGUGCAUCUGUUGCAACACUAGAGCGUGGCAUGGAAGUCCACGCUUGUGCUAUAAGAGCUUGGUUAGAAAAUGAUGUUGUAGUUGGAAGUGUGCUUGUUGAUAUGUACUCUAAAUGUGGAAGAAUAGAUUAUGCUGCGAGAUUUUUUGACAGAAUGCAAGUAAGAAACUUAUAUUCCUGGAAUUCAAUGAUAUCAGGUUAUGCACGUCACGGACAUGGUGAGAAAGCUUUAAAGCUUUUUGGAGAAAUGAAGAUAGAAGGCCAGCUACCUGAUCAUGUAACAUUUGUGGGAGUCCUAUCAGCCUGUAGUCAUGUGGGGUUGGUAGAAGAGGGAUAUGAACAUUUCAAAUACAUGAAUGAAUUAUAUGGAUUGGUUCCUAGGAUGGAGCACUUUUCAUGUAUGGUGGAUCUUCUUGGGCGGGCAGGUGAGCUUGAUAAGAUAGAAGAGUUCAUAAGAAGUAUGCCAAUGAAGCCUAAUGUCCUGAUUUGGAGAACAGUUUUAGGGGCUUGCAGCCGAGCGAAUGGGAGGAAGAUGGAUUUAGGGAGGAAAGCUGCCGAAAUGCUUUUUAAUUUGGAACCCGAAAAUGCUGUUAAUUAUGUUCUUACGGCAAACAUGUAUGCUGCUGGGGAGAAAUGGGAGGAUGUUGCCAAGGCAAGGAUGGUAAUGAAAGAGGCAGCAGUAAAGAAGGAAGCUGGGUGUAGUUGGGUGAGCAUGAAAGAUGGUGUGCAUGUAUUUGUUUCUGGUGACAAAUCACACCCAGAUAAGGACUUGAUCUAUGAAAAACUCAGAGAACUUAAUAUAAAACUGAGGGAUGCUGGAUAUGUGCCACAGACAAAAUUUGCACUUUAUGAUCUUGAACCAGAGAGUAAGGAGGAAAUUCUGAGGUAUCACAGUGAAAAGAUUGCAGUUGCUUUUGUUCUAACUCGAACUUCGAGACUACCUAUUAGAAUUAUGAAAAACCUUCGGGUUUGCGGUGAUUGUCACUCUGCCUUCAAUUACAUCUCAAAGAUUGUCGGUCGGCCGAUCAUACUACGAGAUUCUAACAGAUUUCAUCAUUUCCAUGAUGGUAAAUGUUCAUGUGGGGAUUACUGGUGACCGCCUGCUGAAAAUUCUCCAUUUAUAGCAGGAUAAAUUUUGGAGUUCCGAUUACCUCUAGCCAUGGAGUCCAAGAAUUUUCAGGCCGUAUAGAAGGUUGCAGCAGCAGUGAAUCUGAUGCUGUGAAACACAUGCGCAGACUCAUUAUAUGAGCUGGGAACAACAUCAGGGUUUAUCAGUAUGAUUCAUCUGUGUUACUUUUAUUAAGAGUUUUUUUAAGUAUAUCAGGUCUUAUCACAAACGCACAUGUGCACUUCAUUUUGAUGUCAAAGCAAAUAUAUAUAAACACAUAUUUAAAAGAACUCACAAGUCACAAUUUUAAUAUUUCACCCUAUUUUAUCUGUUGCCCUAAACCACAACUUACUAAUUUUCUUUUUAUUUUUCAAAUAAUACUUAAGUUUCUUUUAGCCUUUUCCAUUUAGAGUUAACAGA